ACUGAUAACUGGCUUCGGAUACCCCGUGGAAGAGCACAAUGUCACUACUCGGGAUUCCUACGUCAUCAUGAUGCAAAGGAUGCCCGCAGGACGCAGCAAACCAAACAAUGGACACCAUCAUCGAAAGCAAGUGGUGAUGUUGAUGAGUGGUCUGGAAGGUAGUGGCGCGGACUACGUUCUCAAUAAGCCUGAUCAGAGCCUUGGAUUCAUCUUAGCGGACAAAGGUUACGAUGUCUGGUUAGCAAACGUAAGAGGUUCAAGGUACUCCAGCCAUCUCCGGCUUCACAAAGACAGCAGCGCUUUUUGGAACUUCAGCUUAGAUGAAAUGAUAAGCUAUGACCUACCAGAUCAAAUAGACGCCGUGCUGAAAAUGACCCAGCAAGAAUCCUUGCUAUACGUAGGGUAUUCUCAAGGAACAGCGAUCAUGUUCGGUCUGCUUGCAUCCAAACCUGAAUACAAUAAGAAGAUUCGACUGUUCAACGCUUUCGCGCCGGUAGCCUUUAUGGGACACAUGACAGCGGCCCUGCGUCAUUUAGUGCCGGUGGCUUCUUUGUUGGACAUUUUUCAGCUUAUCUGGAAAGGGUCACUUGAAGAGGACAAAGGCUCCGUCUUGAGCGGACUAAGAGAGCUAACGUGCAUUAAAAUUCUGCCUGUCUGUAAAGUUGGCUUUUAUGCCAUUAAUGGAGGGUUUCCUGUGGAAUGGAACAAGACUAGGCUUCCAGUCUUCUUGGCUAAUUAUCCUUCAGGGACUUCAGUGCGGAAUAUUGCACAUUUUUCUCAGCCAAGGCCUCCGGCCUACAACUUGGCCAAUGUCAAAGCACCGGUGGUACUGUACUGGAGUGACGGCGACGUGCUGUCAACACCUAAGGACGUGGAGGACCUCGCAAAGAUACUACCUAACGUGGUCCUCAACUUCAAGGUGCCCGUGAAAGGCUUUACGCACUUGGACUUUGAAUGGAGCAUCAAAGCGAAAGACCAUCUUUACCGGAAAGUGCUGGAGAUUAUGUCAAAGUACAGCAAGAAAUAA